AUGGCACCAAAUAUAAGAUGGUCAAGGUCUGUGAGGGAGUACAAGUUCCUCAUCCCUGCUGCCGUGAAGCCGGUGGAUCCUUUGAGGUUGACGGAUGUGAGGUGGUGUAACGAGAGUGAGGGUGCUGCACAGAGUGAGGGAGCUGCACAGAGUGAGGGUGCUGCACAGAGUGAGGGUGCAACACAGAGUGAGGGUGCUGCACAGAGUGAGGUUGCUACACAGAGUGAGGGUGCUGCACAGAGUGAGGGUGCUGCACAGAGUGAGGGUGCUGCACAGAGUGAGGGUGCUGCACAGAGUGAGGGUGCUACACAGAGUGAGGGUGCUACACAGAGUGAGGGUGCUACACAGAGUGAGGGUGCUGCACAGAGUGAGGGUGCUGGACAGAGUGAGGGUGCUACACAGAGUGAGGGUGCUACACAGAGUGAGGGUGAUACACAGAGUGAGGGUGUAUGUACCAUCAACUAA